AUGAAGAAGAGAAGAGGAAGAACAAGCCGGAUCAGAAGACGAAAACUCGGCAGAAGUUCUCAGUCCAGAGGAGUGAAUGAGAGCUACAAGCCUGAAUUUAUAGCUCUUAGGAAGUGGUUGAAAGCUAGGAAGUUUGAAGAUACGAAUUUAAUACCUGCUUGUUUUCCAGAUACCGGGCGAGGGCUGAUGAGCAAGACGUCCCUGCAGGAGGGCCAGUUGAUUAUCUCGUUGCCUGAGAGCUGCCUGCUCACCACGGACACGGUGCUUCGGAGCCACUUAGGGCCGUACAUCGCUAAGUGGCAGCCGCCCCCGUCUCCGCUGCUGGCUCUGUGCACCUUCCUGGUUGCAGAAAGGCAUGCUGGGGACCGGUCUCCCUGGAAGCCCUACCUGGAGGUCUUGCCAAAGGCCUACACCUGCGCUGUGUGUCUGGAGCCCGACGUGGUGGCUCUCCUCCCCAGGCCGCUGGCGGCGGCGGCCAGAGAGCAGAGGAUGCGCGUGCGUGAGCUGUUCACUUCCUCUCGAGGCUUCUUCUCCUCCCUGCAGCCCCUGCUCUCCGCGGCCGCCGAGAGCGUCUUCAGCUACCGCGCCUUCCUGUGGGCCUGGUGCACCGUCAACACCAGGGCCGUGUACAUGGCGCGGGGCCGCAGGCAGGGCCUGUCCACGGAGCCCGACACCUGCGCGCUCGCCCCGUUCCUGGACCUGCUGAACCACAGCCCCGCCGUCCAGGUGGACGCGGCGUUUAACGAGGAGAGCCGCUGCUACGAGAUCAGGACGGGCGCGGGCUGCCGGCGGCACGAGGAGGUGUUCAUCUGCUACGGCGCCCACGACAGCCGGCGGCUGCUGCUGGAGUACGGCUUCGUGCCCCGCGCCAGCCCCCACGCCUGCGUGCCCGUCCCGCAAGAUAUGCUUGUUAAAUACCUCCCAUCAGCAGAUAAGCAGAUGAACAAAAAGAUUGCCAUUUUAAAGGAUCAUGACCUUAUAGAGAACCUGACGUUCGGAUGGGACGGGCCGUCCUGGCGGCUGCUCACGGCGCUGCGGCUGCUGUGCCUGGAGCCUGCGGAGUUUCUGUGCUGGAAAAAAGUCCUCCUUGGGGAGAUAGUUUCAGACGUGAAUGAGAAGGCGAGUUUGGACGUCGCCCAAAAAAUAUGCCGCUACUUCACAGAGGAGGCUAGCGCUAUGCUUCAGAAGGUUUCUCACAUGAAGGAGAAGGAAAUGGCGGGGACACACCAGCUCGCUCUGGUGGAGACGCUGUGGGCAGAGGAGCUGAAGAUUCUUCGGGCGUCCGCCGAGACGCUGAGCAGUUUGCAGACGCUGUUCGUGA